CAGUACCAACAGAUGUUCUCUGGUUUCAGCAUAGCCUUUCUAUUAUUAUGACGGACCAUGGAAAGUUCCGACGGCAGUUUACAUCUGUGAUGGAGAAGCUGCUGCAUAACGCCGUUUCUGAAACGUUCAAACUCUUCGACAGUGCAGUACAGGAACUAAAUGCAGAAAUUGUACAAGUAAAAAAGAACUACGAGAGUUUGAAGUAUAGUUCUAGACUUUAUUCUGACAAUCCACAUCCGUGCUUGGACCUUGGACAACUCUCUGUUAUAACAACAGAAGGCAAUCUAUAUAAGCGUGAUGUUGGUGUGCAGUGCGCUGGACCGACGCUGGUGGAGAGAUCCUCGUCUCCCUGCUCCCAGAAUGAAGACACACUUCAACCUUAUGACCCGUUUCCCAAACUCUCUGAAGAGGAAAAGCAAUGUUUGGCAUUAGUGCUGAUCAAGCAAGAGGAAUGUGACUUGGACGAUUAUAGCUCUGCAUUUUUCCUGCUGAAGCAAGAAGAUGGUGAGCCAAAGCUUGUUAGGAGGCCACCCAUCAAGGACAUUCCACCAGAAGUUUUCAUCUCAUCAGAAGUCUAUAAAACGACAAACAAGAAAUGCCUUUCUGGGCGAUCAUCUACAGAGCCUGCUACACCACCUCCAGAAAUGGAUGCAGAGGAACACGGGAGCAGCCAUAGUCAGAUUCAAACAAGAAGCAAUAGCGAAGUGAGAAAUAAUGUGUGUGAACGUAGACCAGCAAUUGAAGAGACCAAUAUAGAGACAUUUCCUGCACCGGGACCGGGAAGUGUUGUGGAGAAACAGACUACGAAGUCAUCCCAAGAUGAAAACAAAACUGUACGAAUAUCAACACCAAACAAAGCCCCAUCGUGCACUAUCGGGCCGUCUCAGGCUCACCCGGUUUUGCCUCUCGUCUCCGAGCAACGGUUUUCUUUAACCCAGACAGCUGAUUUUGUAGUAUUGUCAUCUGCAACGGCAAAACUGGCUGUUAAUUCAUCCCAAGUUGCAUCCACUGAAACCACAUCUUUCACAUUUUCCACGUCAAAUGGCUCCUCCACCAUAGGGCCUCCUCAGUCCAGGAUUCAUUCAGUUAUGCCUCCACACACCAAACCCUCUACAUGGUCUUCUUUGCAUCCCCCUAAUUUAGCUCCAACAUCACAAGUGUCUCACUUUCCUGCCGAAUUCCCUGGCUUACUAACAGAGCUGUAUUCAAACCAAGCUGCAAUUAUUACAAAUCCCUCAACUCAGGUCAUUCCCUCACCCGCUAGACACACAGUCUCACGGGGCCUAGUCCAGUACCAACAAAAUCAGAUGCUUAUGCCUAGACAGCAAGCUCCUCCGCUUCAAGGCUUGCCCCAAACAACACAGUUGCCGAAUCCCCAACCAAACAUUUCACUGGUGUCGACGGGCCAGGCCAUGUUUUCAGAGGGCAUACCACGGCCAGUUUACCCUCAACUACAACCAGCCUCGCCAAGUCUCCCCAUGUCCCCAUGUCUUCAAACAGUACAACCACAGCUCCAUCCAAAUAAUUGGCGACCCUUACAGGAGAAGGUUUCGACCCGAGCGAUCAACUUCCCACAACCAGGUAUCCCUCAGGGUCAUGCGGGAAACGCAGGGGAAUAUAAUCAGUCACGGCUUCCAUUUACUGACAUGCCAACUCCACCAGUAGCACAGCUCGCCUCUUUUGGCAACAUUGCGGCAUCUAAGUCCCCAUCCGUCAACGCCAGCAGCAUGCCCACUCCUUCACCAUGCCCCCAAGCCUUUGCUGGCGCCACAGUCAAUCAACCAGGUGCUUCUUUAACACAAGCAACGCAAUCGUCUGUGGUUUUGUCACGUGUACCUCUACCUCCAUUACCUCCUCCAUCUCAAAUGCACACCCCUGCUGUGUCACUACAGCAGGAUCCUACUUCAGCAGGGAAUCUCGGACCGCCGACCACAGAUCCAUCGUCCAGCUCCGCUUCCCAACACAUGCAUCCCGGACCCAUCACACAUUGGCCAAGCUCUUCUCCAAGUCCGCCAAGCAUGCCCUCCUUUUCAUCCUCAGGCCACCACGCCUCGGAUCCUUUAGACCACAUGCAAUUGAUUAACUUGCUCCAUGGUGUUCCCUCUGCUGCAGCUCCAGCAACCGAACCCUCUGUCCUGGCAGACCGAGCUCCAACUCCGUCCACGGCUCAUGCUAAGCCCCACGCCAACUCUGCUCCCGUGCCGUUCCAGCCUCCUCCUGAAACUCCACAAGACCCCUUGUCUUAUCCAAUGGAAAACCUCAUUUUUACCUACCUUAACCCAGAAGAUGACUUUGAAGAAGGGUCCACUCCAACAAUGCCACACAGUGCCAAUACUAUGGCAGAGGAUUCUUUGGCAGAGCCUUUGCCCUCUACCAGUUCCCAGGAGUACGGUCCCUUAACCGAGUCUGUGACUCUCCCUCUGCCACCCCAUGCCACGCCAGAUCAGCCAAAGGAGGGUCCAAAAGAUGAUGAUGAUGAGGACGACGACGAGGAGAGCAAACAACAGAGUAAUUUGGCGAAGACCUACAACACUCGAGCAAAAGGAAACAAGCAGUGCGAGGUGUGCGGACGGGUCCUCAGCAACGCCACCAGUCUGGCGGAGCAUGCGCGGCUUCACACCGGAGAGAGGCCGUUUUCGUGCGGCAAGUGCGACAAAGCGUUUCCCACGCUCAGAGGCCUGAACCGGCACGUCCAGACGCACGUGGCGGAAAAACAGCACCGUUGCACCGAGUGUGGCAAGACGUUUGCUUACCAAUUCACCCUGGCCAAGCACCAGCGCCACCACACUGGCGAAAAACCGUUCCAGUGUGCGAUGUGUGACAAGCGCUUCUUCACAAAGUCGGACCUCGUCAUUCACAUACGCAGUCACACGGGGGAGAAACCUUUCAGCUGCACACAGUGCAACAUGCGGUUCAAACACCGCAUGGCCCUCAACAUACACAUGCAGGGACACCGCGGGGAGAAGCGAUUCAUAUGCCAAGUGUGUGGCAAGGGAUUUUUGGACCCGGGCAAUUUCAAGAGGCACAGUCUCGUUCACACUGGAGAGAAGCCUUUUGCGUGCAAAGUCUGUGGGAAGAAGUUCUCUCAGUCUGCGCACCUCAAGAAACAUGCCAGCUCGCAGCAUUGAUGGGUUUAAGAGGGGUUUUAUUUUAGACAUUUUUGGUGUAUGUUUUUCUAAGGGUUUGAAAAGAGAUGUUCAGAGCAUUUUAUAAUAGCAUCUGUUUAUCAGAAUGUGAAAUGAUGCUCUUUUUGUGUGUGGUGUUAGUUUUGUUCUUUGUUAACUUGAAAAAUAAUUAAGUGAGAUGAAGACCUCCCAUCUCGGGUUUUUUAAUUUACAAAAAAAAACUACUGAAUGGAUAUGGACCAAACACAUAAAUGGCAUUCACAGGUGUUGCCUAUAUAAUUAUUGGAUAUGAAGUGGGUGGAAACUGUCCAAAGAAUGUACAUUUUAAUUUGUUAUCAGAAGUAAUUUAAUUUUUUAUAUUAAAACAGGUGUUGAAGACAA